GAUUUUAGAGCCGUCAUGAAAAUUUCUAUUGCUAAAAAUACUCUUCAGACAAGGAUUUAAGACGAGGCUUGAUUUUGUUUUUCAUAAAGUCUAAGCCUUAUAAAAAUUUCAUCCUUAUCUAAAUUAUCAUUGAGACUUCGGAUCGAUCUAACAAUCUGACACAAAUACGUCCCACUAAUUCGAGGUACUGAUUCAUAUUGAAAUAACUAGAAAUCGUAUCUCCAACACUGAUCCGGUCACCAAUAGUAAACUCUUAGGCCCUAUGUGGGUACACCCGCGAGAAUUUUCAACAGUAUACGCCAAAACGCUUGCUCCUUUGCUAAAGGAAUCCAAUGGUUAUAAACUUUUAAUUAAAAGAGGCUUGCCAAACCCAUUGAUCAGUAGUUGCAGGUGACUGGUUUUCGGAUCGAUCUCUGCCCAUAUUCGCUCUCUCUCUUGCAAGAAGCGGCUUCCCUCUCUCUUGAAGGUGAAUGCGAUUCAGCUCUUUCCAUCCAUCUUCGAAACCCUAAAUUCAUGCUUCUCUUUCUUUCUGGUUGCAGGGCUCCUCAAGAUCUGCGGUAUUCAGGGAUCUGCCUAUGAUGAAAGGAUUUCCAUUGGUGGGAGAGGCUAGUAGGUUACCCUGUAUAUGUAUGUGCUGCUGAUGUAGGGAGUAAGUAGUUCCGGUGCUUACAUGACGAUGGAGAUUUGCUGCUGUUUUUGAAAUCAAAACCCCGUUUCUCAUCUAUCGAUAGGGGAAUACAUGCAUUCCUAAACUCCCCCCUUAACUGCCUGACUAGAUCCAGAUCCUUAGGCAGCCAUGGCCUCCCCCACCCUCCAACGCCUCCCUUCUUCUUCUCUCAUACCCUCUACCACCCCUUCUUUCUCCUCAACCUCACCCCCUAGUGACCCACUCUCCUCUUUCCAGUCCGACCCCACUUUCUCCCCCUUCCUCUCUCCUGAUUUCAACCCCUCUCUCUUCUCCUCCCAUGCCCUCUCCUCUGGCUCCCCUGCCUCCCGAGCCGAGAAGCUCAAAGAUGCAAUCUCUCUCCUCGACUCUCACCUCCGCUCUCUCGUCUCCUCUAACCACCCCUCUCUCUUUCAACACCUUCACUCUCUCUCUAAUGCCACUUCAGCCCUCUCUGUUGCGCGCUCUGCUACCUCAUCUUUGCGUGCCUCCCUAGCACGUGCUCGCGCUGACAUUUCUGAACCCCACCGACAAAUCAAAUUGAAGACCUCUCAACUUCGAAACCUUCACGAAACAUCGAUACUCUUACAAGCCACAUUGCGUGCAAUUCGACUGAUUUCUAAGCUGCAUGAUCUUAUGGAUAUGAAUCCUAUUGACCUAUCCAAAUCAGCACAACUGUACAGUGAGAUAAUCAGACUGAUCGAUGAGGCGGGGCUCCGCGGCUUGCAACCGAUCGAUGAGCACUCGUCAUGGCUCAGCGAUGUCGGUGCAGAACUGCGAAAAGAAGCCAUGGCAGCAUUGCAAAAUGGGCUGCAAGGGCUUAAUCAGGCGGAGGUCGGGGGAGCUUUGCAGGUGUUUUAUAAUUUGGGGGAGUUGAGGGCUACAGUUGAAACCUUAAUUUUGGGAUAUAAGAAUCAGGGGAUGAAGGCAAUUUCGGGGGCUUUGGAUAUGAAGGCGAUAUCAGUGUCAUCGGGGGGGUUUGGCGGGCCAGGAGGGGGGUCAAGGAGUGGGACGCCACAGAUCGGAGGUGGGGCGAAGGCGAAGGAGGGGCUGUGGAGGAGGUUGGGGGAUUGUAUGGAUCAGAUUCAUGGGGUUGUGGUGGCGGUGUGGCAUUUGCAGAGGGUGUUAUCGAAGAAAAGAGAUCCCUUUACACAUGUCUUGUUCUUGGAGGAGGUUUUGCAGGAGGGUGAUCCAGUGUUGACUGAAAGAGUUUGGGAAGCACUUGUGAAAUCAUUUGCCAGCCAAAUGAAGUCAGCAUUCACGGCUUCCAGCUUUGUCAAGGAAACCCUCACAAAGGGUUACCCAAAACUAUUCUCUAUGAUUGAGAAUUUGCUUGAAAGAAUCUCACGUGACACUGAUGUCAAGGGGGUUCUUCCAGCUAUAAGUUCAGAGGGCAAAGAACAAAUGGCUGCUGCCAUUGAGUCUUUCCAGACUUCUUUCUUGGCGCUUUGCUUAAGUCGACUCUCAGAUCACGUGAAUAGUGUGUUUCCGAUGUCAAAUAGAGGAAGUAUUCCCUCAAAGGAUCAAAUUUUGGGAAUUCUAUCUGAAAUUCAGAAAGAAAUCCAAGGUGUUAAGUUAAAUGGGCACCUCACUCUUUUGGUCUUGCAUGAGAUUGGAAAGAUUUUGUUGCUGCUGGCUGAAAGAACUGAAUACCAGAUUUCCACAGGCCCUGAAUCACGCCAAGUGACAGGCCCUGCAACACCAUUGCAACUCAAGAACUUCACGCUCUGUCUUCACCUUCAAGAAGUCCACACACGCGCGCCCACAAUGAUAUUGGACCUACCCAUCAUAGCUAGGGAUGUUCUCUCUCCUUCCUUGGCCGUCAUUUAUGAAGUAGCAUGUGACUCCAUAACCCCCCUCUUCCAAUCAAUGCUUGAUCGCCUUGAAAACUGCAUACUAAAAAUUCAUGAUCAAAACUUUGGAUCCCAUGGUGCUGAAUCUUCCCCUAUAGACAACAUGGCUUCUGAAUACAUGGAUGAGCUUCAAAAGUCCAUAACCCAUUUUAGAACCGAGUUCCUCUCAAGACUAUUGCCAUCCUCAAGUGCGGUAUUAUCGACUGAGACCAUAUGCACAAGCCUUGUUAGAAGAAUGGCUUCAAGGGUUCUUGUAUUCUUCAUUAGGCAUGCUGCACUUGUCAGGCCCCUAUCUGAGUCAGGAAAGCUAAGGUUGGCUAGAGCCAUGGCUGAAUUGGAGCUUGUAGUUGGCCAAAGCUUGUUCCCUAUUGAGCAAUUGGGCCCACCUUAUCGGGCCCUUAGAGCUUUUAGACCCAUUAUCUUUCUGGAAACCUCUCAAUUGGAGGUGUCUCCUUUAUUGCGAGACCUGCCUCCUAGUGUUAUUCUCCAUCACCUCUAUUCGAGGGGUCCUGAUGAGUUGGAAUCACCAAUGCAAAGGAAUAAGCUCACUCCAGUUCAAUACUCGUUGUGGCUUGAUUCACAAGGGGAGGACCAGGUUUGGAAGGGGAUAAAAGCAACUCUUGAUGAUUAUGCCUCUAAAGUUGGGGCAAGAGGGGAUAAAGAGUUCAGCCCUGUGUACCCUCUUAUGCUUCGACUGGGGUCCUCUUUAGUCGAGGGUGCUCUUGAGUUGAAGAAGGCUUGAUGGGUCUUGGUGCAUUAUCUCCUCUUAUAUCAAUGAAUUCUUUUAUGACAUGCUUGUUAUUAAAAGAAGAAAAGAAAAAAAUCCUUUCAGAAUUUGAUGGAUUCUUAUGGAGAGCCAUUAGAGGCGAAGAUGGCCAAGUGCUAAUCAAUCAAUGAUCCAAAUGAUUCUUAUGGUUAGCAUUUCGGGAUUUAAACCAUGUGGAAGAUAGUUUUUCUAGUAGUUAAAAUCUCAAUGUUCCACAGGUACCAGGUUUUCAUCUUUGCUCAUUGGUCAGGCAUAUAGAUCUUUGAUUAUGAUUACUGAUUCAUUGCUACUUUCUUUUGCAGAGGUGAGUUGGUUGUAUAAAUGUGUGCAACCUUUUGUUCUUUUAUGUUACGGUCUCACCAAUUGUAGCCUAACUGGAUUUUCCGGAGAGAAAUACAACUGAAAGAUUAGUAUAUCUUAUGAAUGAAUAGGGGACCAUUUAUUUUUGGUAUAAGAAGGUCAUAAUCAUCAUUGACCAUUAGAUUUGAAAUCAGGUGAUUGAGGGCACAAAGUCCAAUGAAAUUUCUCGAAUAUUGUGGCAUAUUUUUAUCUAUUGCAUUUUAUAUCUAA